CUACUCGUUGUCAGGUGCUGGCAGCGGCGUGCCCGCGCUCAGUGUGUGUACGACCACCGCGGUGCCCCGCUCGCACGUGCAUCAGCAUCUUGUUCCUGGCUGUGAGGGGGAUAGACUUCUAACCAGCUUGGAAGAACAAGAAGUGUACAUCAGCAUGGAUAAACCGGACUUGUACAACCUCGGGUGUGUUCCCCUCACGCAACUGGCCGCCAAACAGGUUGACGAGCUGUGGUCGGUCUUCACGUGGCCGAGACAGCCACUGCCCGUGCUCGACAUUGGCUGCGGGCCCGGUGACGUCGUCAGGAAGGUUUUAGCCCCGCGGUUGCCACCGGGUACGAAGCUGGUGGCCUGCGACAUCAGCCCAGAGAUGGUGGAGUUCUGCAGGCAGCACAACGCGCUGCCAGGCACCAUCACGUACGAGCAGCUGGACGUGGUUCAGCCCGACCUGGAGAACUCCGCCGUGUGGCAGUACGCGCCCUUCGGCAAGGUGUUCUGUUUCCUGCUGCUGCAUUGGGUGCCCGACAACAGGCGCGCUGUCCACAAUAUUCACAAGCUGUUGGCGCCUGGAGGAGAGGCUGUCUUCAGCAUAAUGGCUAACAUGGUGUUUUACACAGCGUUUGAAGAAAUGGCGGAAGACUCGCGCUGGGCGCGGUACAUGCAGGACGUGGAGAAGUUCGUAUCUCCGUACCAGCACAGUGAGGACCCAGAGAGCGACUUCCGCCAGCUGCUGCAGAGCGAGGGCUACCAGGUGCUGCGCUGUGACGUAGCGCCAGAGGUGAUCUUCUUCCCGAGUGAGAUGCAGCGUACAGAUUUUCUGAAGUCAGUAUGUCCAUUCCUGAACCGAGUUCCGGAAGACCAGAAGGAUACUUUCUUAGAUGAUUGGCUACAGCGUAUGGAGAAACUGAAUGGAUUAUCAAAGGUCGUUGGAAGGAGUGAAGAGCCGAAAUACUACAUCCACUUUAACUUAAUGGUGGCUAUGGCCAGAAAACUGUAAUUACGAGUUUUGCACCACCGCUUGAACAAGAAACAAUAUUUAAUAACGGAAAUGACAAACAACACAGAGCACAAACAGAAUUCCCCGGCUAGUCUGUUGUUAAUAGAGAAGUAUACUAUAGACAUUUAUAUGUAAUUAUCUUCCCGUAAACUGGUUGGAAAAGCCUCUCAGGUGUAAAUGGAACUAUAAGAGUAUCCUGAUCUGUACAGUUUUGACGAUACUCCUGUCAAAGAUAUUCCAACUGUGCUAGUGUUCCGUUUUUAAUUACCAGGAUAUCAACAUGACGCUCCUUUGCUUCCUUAAUUCGUUGGCUUCUCUCUCACAUUAACAUCAGAGCCAUAAAUGAUUGGUUUCGCACCUCUGUCGAAAUGAAGAACUACUAAAGGUUUGCUGCUUUAGUAUAAACACCAACAGAAGUGUAAGCAGAAAGCUUACCAAUCGAACGGAGUGAAGUAACCGAACAGAGAGACUUCUAAACUUUUGCACCUUUAGUCGUUCUUCAUGUCGACAAGGGUGGCGAAAGGAAAUAUAUUGUUAAGAAGAGUUGUAAUAUAUACCUUCACUGGUAUUCACUGGAAGAUGCAGCUCAGAUUAUUACGAAAGGGUUUACUACUGCAUAAUUUAUUCUCAUAGCAACUUCUGUGAACCCUGCAAUACCAACAAUGCCACAAGCAAAAAGUUUACCCCGCAAAUAGUGUGAACUAAUAGGGCGCGCUGAAAAGUAAUGUCUCCGAUUCUCUAUGUGAAAACUUUUACAACUUUUUAAAUAAUCCAACCUUAUGAAGAUAAUGCAUCUUCAUUUUUCAUGCCUACAUAUUUAUUUCAGAACGUAGGCACCCUGGGGAAUAAUACAUUUCUUCCAAAGAGGGACAUGUUUGUUAAUAUCGUCACUGCAGAAUGUUUGACUUAGUUGACGGAGCCACACCCGCACCUUUGGUGGCACCGCUUCAUCCCUAUCAAAUUGAAGUCCUCAAAGGUGUUCUUUAAGGUUUUGAAACAGCUGGAAACUGGAUGGAGCCAAGUCGACAUUGUAUCGAGGAUGGUCGAUGACGGUGAAACAAAGACGUCGGAUUGUUGCAGAUGUCGCAGCCCUCGUGUGUGGUCUGGCAUUGUCGUGCUAAAGGACAGGGUGCUCCAUAUGCGGACAAACUCUUGGAUUUCGCGCUUUCAGGUUUCUGAGUGUCUCGCAGUACACUGACACUGUUACGUUACACAUCGCCAUGCUGCAUACUAUAGUUUGGAUCCCUCUAGCGGCAGAGUGUUGCAACUUGCGUCAGCGAUGUGGAAAAGUCUACCGGCUAGUAUCAGUGUCUGUAAUAACCGACAUUGAAAAAAAAUAUUUAAAAAAAUUCCGAGGCAUUACUUUUCAACGCACCCUAGUAAUCGGACAGUGUGGUAUUUCAAGUUAACGGUCGAUCAGGAAAGCAAUCUUCAUCGAAGCUCUUUGUUGCGCAAUAUUUGAUAUCUAUGCAUAUCUAAAUGUUUUCAGAGUGGGCAGUAGUGGCAUGAAUUUAUUUAGGAUUGUGAAGAAAGUGCCACUAGAAAACUUAAAGUGCUUACAUUUCUAAGUAGAAUAAGCUGGAGAAGUGUCACAAUGGAAAAUGACAUCAAACCUGUGCAUUAACAUUAUCGCAAAUAAUGUAAGGUACGAGAGCGAAAGAAAUACUUUACUGAAACUUACUGGCAGAUUAAAUGUGUGUGCCGGACCGAGAAUCGAACUUGGGGCGUUUGCCUUUCGCGGACAAGUGCUCUACCAAGCUACCCAAGCACUACUGAUGACACGUCCUCACAGCUUCAGUUCUGCAGUACCUCGCCUCCUACUUUCCAAACUUCACAGAAGCUCUUCUUCGAACCUUUCAGAACUAGCACUCCUGGAAGAAAGGAUACUGCGGAGACAUGGCAAUGUUUCCAGCAUGAUAUUUUCAAUCUGCAGAAACAAGUUUUUAUAAAAUGGAUUAAUGUGUUUAAAUGACCUUUAUCAAACCCCGAAUGUCUUCCUGAACGUGGAGAGUCACUCCAUCUACAUCUACAUCUACAUGGAUACUCUGCAAAUCACACUUAAGUGUCUGGCAGAGGGUUCAUCGAACCAAUGUCAUAAUUCUCUAUUGUUCCAAUCUCGUACAGCGCGUGGAAAGAGCGAACAUCUAUAUCUCUCCAUAGGAGCUCUGGUUUCCCUUAUUUUAUCAUGGUGUUCGUUUCCCCCUAUCUAGGUCGGCGUCAACAAAAUAUUUUAGUUUUCGGAAGAGAAAGUUAGUGAUUGGAAUUUUGUGAGAAGAUUGUUACGCAGCGAAGACGCCUUUGUUUUAACGAUGUCCAUCCUAAAUCCUGUAUCAUUUCAGUGACGCUCUCUCCACUAUUUCGCGUUAGUACGAAAAAGGCUGCUCUUCUUUGAACUUUUUUAUGUACUCUGUCAGUCCUAUCUCGUAAGGAUCCCACAUCUCACAGCAGUAGUCUAAAAGAAGAUGGACAAGCGUAGUGUAGGCAGAUCUGUCACAUUUUCUAAGUGUCCUACCAAUAAAACGCAGUCUUUGGUUAGCUUUCCCAAUAACAUUUUCUAUGAGUUCUUUCCAAUUUAAGUUGUUUGUUAUUGUAAUUCCUAGGUACUUAGUUGAAUUUAGUGCCUUUAGAUUAGACUGAUUUAUCGUGUAACCGAAGUUUAACGAACUCCUUUUAGCACUCAUGUGCAUGACCUCACAUUUUUCGUUAUUUAGGGUGAAUUGUCAAUUUAUGCACCAUUCAGAUAUCACUUCUAAAUCGCUUUGCAAUUUGAUUUCAUGACUUUGCUAAUCGAUAAACGACAGCGUCAUCUGCAAUAUUCAUUUAAGAUCUCUGCCAUUGAUUCUGUAUCGCUCUAGUCGCUUUUCGGCUAUUUAAGCACAUGACACUGUGGAGAGAGGGGUCAUCUCCUCCAGUUGGCUGAUGACACCGCCUUCCUAGCCCUUUAUCCUAACCUUCAACGGUCCCAACGUACCCUCCAAAUAGACCAAUUCACUGCUUGGUGCAACCAGUGGUUCCUCCGUAUCAACCCCUCAAUGUCCCAGGCGAUCAUCUCCAUGAUCUCUACCUCACCAUUUAUGGCCAUCUUAUCCACCUCACUCCUACCCUUAUAUACCUUGGCCUCACCCUCGACCGCCACCUCACCUGGACUCCCCAUCUCCUUACCAUCCAACACAAAGCUCACAAUAGACUCCGCCUCCUGAGACUGCUGUUUGGCUGGACAUGGGGCUGCAACUUUCCACCUUCUUUCACACCUACAAAUCCUUGAUGCACCCCAUCCUUUGUUACGCCAGCGUGGCUUGGAUUUCCGCCCCUCCCAGGUUCUACAAAUCGAUCCAAAUCCUCGAAUACCGUGCGCUCCACCUUGCCUUCUGCAACGGCCUUACAUCCAGCAUGCACAUCCUCUACAACCUCUUACCAUUCCCCCCCAUUCUUCUUUUCCUUUAACACAUCUGCACACUAUAUAUUGUCCGCCACAUUGAUCUCCCUCACCCCCUCGUGUCUCCCUUCCUCUCCAUCCCUAGCCCGUAUCUGUGCCUUUACAGCUGUGUUCCACCCUCUUUCCAUCUCCACAAACCUCUGCCUCCUUUCCCAAUGCAAUUUCAACCAUCUACCCCUCCCGGAUGAUGAGCUUCACCCUGACAUGUACCCUUCCUACCAACUCUAACCCCAUCUUCAUCCUGCCUCAUCCUCAGGGCUCCCUCUUCUCCCCCUCCCUUCAUGUGUCUUUCCCCUCCUACUCCCCCUCCCGCUCUUGUGCACCCCUUCAGUGUCGCUGCACUCACUCCUGCCUUGUCUUCCCUCUUCAUAUCCUGCCCCACCAGUUUCCUGCCUCUUGGUGUAGCCGUUGACACCCGUACUCUUUUAAUCCCACCCCCUCCCCUGCUGUCCCUUGCUCUCCCCUCCUUUUCCAUCCUUUCUGGCGUCUCCUUAGGCAGAUCCCACCUGUCAGUUUUAUUCUUCAUCGUAUGUGCUCCAGUUAGGUUUAAGGUGUGUUGUUCUGGAGUGUUUUUAACACUGUGACUGACUUUUAACCUGUGCGUUUGCCUUCAGUGUCUUCUUAGUGUUUUGAGAAUUGCCAACUGCGUUUUUUAACUUUAUGUCAACUUUUUAUUUGCCCCUCCAUGAACGUCUCCAGGUCAGUGUAUUUUUACCUCCAUUAUCUCCUCUUACUCUGUCUUAUGUCAACCUUUCUUAUCGCCUUAUAUGUAACAUUUUACUCUCGUAUUAUUGUCAUGUCACUCGGCUGAAAAGCGGCGGACUGUGCCGCUGACAGCCCUCCCCUGCUCAUAAGGCGCAGGCAAAUGAAAUCACAAUAAAGAAAAAAAUGAGUAGAUGGUUGGUUUUGGUCGGUUGGUUGGCGCUCCGGUGUGCAGUCUGGUUGUCGACGGUCGCUCUUCAUGCAUUCUCUGCCUGUUUCUGUCAUGUGGGCAGUGGGGCUGCGGAUGGAGACUUGCGUGUGGUCUGCGUGUGUGUAUUGCGUCUUGUGAGAGGGCGAUGUUCUCGUCUGUGCUGCUAAACGAUGUGAAGAUGUGACAGUGCCCUUCGUAUACAUCCGCCUGCAACCAGAUACGCCAAAGAAUCAAACGGGUUGAUUUAUUCAGGUUCUUAGAGUUCUUCUGUAUACAUGUUUACUGAGUUUCGUGCUGUUUGCAGUUAAGAGAGCUUAUGGUGUUUGGACUCCCUUGUAAUCUGUUUCGUAUUGACCACUGGGGCACAAUGUAUUGAACAGUGGUUACCUGUCUGAAUGAGGUUUGCCUGUUUUGGUUUUAUGUUGGUGUUUCCGUGGUGUAAUUAGCGGUGCGCGUCCUCUGUUGUAGCUGAUCGUUUAACUGGGGGACGACGCCUUGACGGCGGCCAGUUUGAAUUGUAACUGAUAGCGCGGUCGCAGUGUUUGCCAGUAGACACCAGUUCUUCGGUGAAUCUAAGUUGAGUAUUUCAUUAUUUGUUCCUGGUGACGCCGAGGCGUCCGUCUUUCCUUCUUCACCUUUCCUUUCAGCUUUCAUCCAAGCUCGAUCUGAGUUGUAGUUUCCGCAAACCCCUGAUAUGGUACUUCUUGUCACUGAAAUUUUGUAAUAUCUAAAAUAUGCCUUUCAUUCUACUGUGUUAUUAAUGUCUUACUGCAGCUAUAUCUUAGAAAUUUGUCUUGCUUCUGUGGGAGUGUAUGUCAGUAAACCAUUUAUUGUUUUUAUAGUUCUUAAGAUUUAUCUAAAGAGGGUUCUGAAAUUAUUUGUGUGCGAUGGGCUUUGGCGCCCAUAGACAUUGUGUCUGUUUGGUAAUGUUUUAAUUAUUAGGGUAAUUAUGUACAUUAUUCUGGAGUAACAGCAGUCUGCUGUUGCCAUGCAAUUGUUAAAUAAAAGAU